AACUACCUUUGUUUAAUACAAGCAAAGCACAUCAUCGAAUCAAAGCUUUAACUUUUUCUUAGGUAUCUCGGUUUAAUAUGAGCUAGAGGUAUGUCAAAGCUCUUUGAUUUACGUAUUAGUAAUGACAUAGAAAUCAACGUAAGAAGUAUAACCUUGUAGUAAUUUUACUUACAAUAGAUUACACACAACAAGAAACUGUAAAGAAUUUAAAUAUGACUUCUUGUAGUGGCGUGUGGGCACCUAAAGGAUUGUCGAUUUUCACAACAGCAUCGUCCGUUCUGUUCACGCUUACUGCUACUGUGGGAAAUGCGCUGAUUAUUAUAGUUGUUGUUAAAGACCCUCUUCGAAAAUUAAGAUCACCUUUUUUGUAUUUUAUUGUAAACUUAGCAAUAAGUGAUCUUAUUGUGGGAGUGAUAACCAUGCCAAUAUCUGUGUACAACCACACCACUGAGAGUUUAGAUAUAAAGGAAAAUAAACCUUUGAAACGGCGUAUACUGCAUUUAUCAUUUUUUAUAUCGGUUACAGCAAGUAUUUUGAAUCUGAUGGCCCUCUCUAUCGACAGAUACAUUGCUAUAACAUUCCCUUUGAAGUAUAGAAAAUAUUUGAGCUGGAGAAAAUGCUGGAUUACAUCUGCUGGUAUAUGGUUGUUUUCAUUGACUGUACCUUUUGUUUACAUCAAGAUUGGAUUUAUCGAUUACUUAAUGGCGUUUGCAAGCUAUGGAAUACUUUCAGCCCUUAUUAUACUAGUUGUAACCUAUGUUCGCAUAUACAAAUUUCUUCGGGGACAAACUGCUGACCUGAAGAAACAACUGCGAACGACUUCAACAGCUGCAGAAGAAUUUCGUCUUAAGCGUUUAAUUAUGGAAAGAAAAGUCACUCGUGUUUUCAUUAUCAUUCUUACUAUUUUUAUUGCCACUUAUAUACCAGCAACAAUAAUGAUUUAUAUCUUGCAAUAUUGUCCACACUGCGAUUGUACAUUUCGGCAUUAUUUACGAGAUUUUGAAUUUCUACUGAUUUGUUUAAACAGUUGUUUAAACCCGUUCAUAUACAUACUUCGGUUUAAGCCGUUCAGACAAUCAACACAACAUAUAUACCUCAAAGUUAAACAAGGGUUAUUGAAUCAGCAGAAGUAUUCUGAUGGUGGUGACGGAGUUGUUGGUAACAGCAAUACCCAGCUGUCAAAUUUAUCAAACGCUGCUUUAAAAUAUGAAAACGCUGAAAUGGAAACAAAAACAAAAGAUUGGAAGGUUGCAAUCCAUUUUGAAUUACAAAGUUGCGGAAAAUUUAUUACGCCUGAAACACAAGUAAGACGGAAUGUAUUGAUAGCACUUCAUUGUGAAAUUGCUGGGAAGUUAAUUUUGGUAAAGUACAAUACACUCAAAAUGCUGUAUUGGAUAUGCGAGGUGCUACGUCAUUGUGCGUGUUUCAGUGCUUUUGAUAUUCUGUUGGGACUUUCAGAUGUUAUUAUUCUCUUGGUGGCUUGCUUUAGAAAACACCAGAAUAUAUUCACCCCAGAAAUACAAAAUUUAUUCACAAGCCUCAAUAUGGUUGUGCAAAGAGCAGCUUUCAUAGCGUCGUUGUUUGACGAGGAAGAUGAGAAAGAAAGAAGAAGAAAUAGAAUAAGGACUCGACCAUGGAUCGUAAAAAGACAACAAUAUGAAGGCAUUCUUGAUGUAUCUAUGCCAAUAAUUAAAGAACUGAGAAUUGAAUAUUUGACAACACCAAACACUGAAUAUGCCUGGUUGGAUAUUUCGAAUAAAUUCUUCCUAUGUUGGAGUUUUCCGAAUGGAAUUGGUGCUAUAGAUGGGAAGCAUAUUGUCAUCAAGAAACCAUCUCACUUUUGCUCUCACUAUCGGAACUAUAAAGGUACUGACAGCAUCGUUUUAAUGGUAUCGGGUGAGAAAAUGUCGAGGAUGACAUGCAAUGGUGUCUGGGCUCCCAAAGGAUUGUCGAUCUUUACAGCAACAUCAUCUGUUUUUUUGUCACUUGUCACUAGUAUUGGAAAUGCUUUGAUUGUCGUGGUUGUUGUUAAAGACCCUCUUCGAAAAUUAAGAUCACCUUUUUUGUAUUUUAUUGUAAACUUAGCAAUAAGUGAUCUUAUUGUGGGAGUGAUAACCAUGCCGAUAUCUGUGUACACACAUACUAUAGAGAGUUUGAGAAUACUGGGAAACGAUACAGUCCAAGUAUUUCACAUGAGUUUUUUCAUAUCAGUUACGGCAAGUAUUUUAAAUUUGAUCGCCUUAUCGGUAGAUAGAUACGUGGCGAUCACAUUUCCGUUAAAGUACAGAAAAUAUUUGAGCUGGAGAAGAUGCUGGGCUAUAUCAGCUGGAAUAUGGUUGUUUUCGUUGACCGUACCUUUUGCUUACAUUAAAAUUGGAUUUAUCGAUUACUUAAUGGUAUUUGCCAACUCAGGUAUCGUCGUGGCGUUAAUAAUUUUGGUGGUGACCUAUCUCCGGAUUUAUAAAUUUCUAAGAGUUCAAACUCGUAAUAUGAAGAAGCAACUGCGAACAACUUCAACGGCAGCCGAAGAAUUUCUUUUAAAGCGGUUAAUUAUGGAGAAGAAAGUGACUCGGGUGUUUAUUAUUGUUUUGGUUUUGUUUAUUGUCACCUAUGUACCAGCAACGAUAAUGAUUUAUAUCCUACAAUACUGUCCAGACUGUGAUUGUACUUUUAGGCAUUACCUUCGCGAUUUAGAGUUUCUAUUGAUAGCAUUUAAUAGCUGUAUGAAUCCGUUCGUCUACACGAUGCGUUUUAAACCAUUUCGCCAGUCUAUAGGAUGUAUAUAUCGUUCUUUCAAACGAUUAUUCAUAAAAGAUAUCCAGAAACCUCACAGUAGCUCUGUCAUUAACAGCAAUAAUGUUCAAUUGACGUCAGCAAGUGCGAAAACAGAAGUUACGACAUAGACCACAAUGAUUUUCCUUUGUCUAUAUGAUACACGUUAUUUUCACGUUAGGACGGAUUUAGUUAUAUUUACUCUAUAAAAUUAACUUCACUGUCUUAUUAUGGAGAGAAUUUUUAAAGAGAUUCAUACUAAAUAAUGCAUCUUAUUAUUGAGAUUAUCAGUGCUACUAUAUUCUUUCAAGACAUCAUGACAAAUCUCAUAUUAACAUGCAUAUCCAUGCAUGUAUGGACAUAUACUCACAAGCAACGGCUUUAACAUAUGCCUGGAUGUAAUACUCAAGCAAAUAUUCGCUGAAACUGCUAGUUAUAGUUUAUACUAAAUGGCUAUGUAUUAUUUUUAACCACGUGACGUCCUCUAUCAGAACCAAAUCAGUGGUACUGGGGAUUGUAAAAUAGGAGAAAUGCUCCCCAGAGUAUAAGCCACCGGACAUAAGUACACUCCCUUGGCCCGCUUGAACACAUACACCCUUUGAUUUAACCCUCCCUCCCAAUUCUUUUGUAUCACUUCUGAAGCGUAAUGUUUGAUGUGCAUCACGUUAGUUGUCAUGGUGACUCAUUAAUUAACAGGUGGGUGGAAAAGCAAUUGAGAUAGAGUCUCUAGUUCCAAAGUUUACCUUACACCGUUUCAGCCUGUUUUCGGGUUUGGAAAUUUAUAAUAACUUAAUUUUGGAUCCGACCUCCUCUUGCCUUCAGAGCACAUCCAAUAAGCCCGGCCUAAAUAGGGUUAAGUCUGAGAAAAUAUAUGUGUUAUGUUUUUCUACUCGCGAAAUUUUAUGACAGGGGAGUUUAUACCUUGCAUAUUGUGUUAUUUUUUUAUUCACAAAGUAAAAUUCAAAAGUUCUGACUCGUAAAAGUUUGUACUCUUAAAGUAGGCGAUUGGUACAUCCACCUAAGUUCACAUGUAAGUUUCUUUAGUUUUAUUAUGUAAUAGCUUACAACUUAACUCUUCUUAACAAGCAUGUGUCUUUUUAUCUGUGUAAGAUAUGAUAUGUAUAUAGGGACAUAUUUUUUCGAAAUAAAAAAAAAUUAUAUUUUCUUUUAAAAUAAUAUUAAAAAAGAUAUGAAGAAGAGAGAGAACUGUUAAAGAAUCGGCAACAUUAUUACGCUUUGCAUCCGAAAAACUAUCUUCCCCUUUUAGCUUCUCAGAAAGUAGAAGGA